GGCAAGCCAUGUCCUUCCCCUUCCCCCAAACACCAAACCUUCUCCGGCUCCCUGACCUCAGGAGAUUGCAGCCGGUCUUUGGGUUUCAAAGCUGGGAGAAACGAGAAGAAAGAGCCAGGGAGCCCCUGGCUCCAACAAGCCAGCAGAAUAGGCAACCAUGGCUGGAGAAUUGGAUAUCAGAGUAAUGUCUGACCACUGGAAACACCAAAUUUCUUUUUUCAGUCACUCCCAAGACUGCCGAUCAAAAUUCACUAGGUAGGAAAGUCAUCAGCUGGGAAGAACUGGCGCCUGGGGGGACCUGGCUGGAUAGGCAUGGGGGAUUCAAGUCGGUCCCCUGGUUCCUGGUCCCCCCAUGGCAGUCUCCCACUUCUAAGCACUCUCACUCUCCUGCUGCUCCUCUGUGGACAUGCUCAUUCUCAGUGCAAGAUCCUGCGCUGCAACGCCGAGUACGUGUCGUCCACCCUGAGCCUCCGAGGUGGGGGUUCGCCGGGGGCCCUUGGAAGAGGAGGCGCCGGCCGGGGCGGCGGGCUGGGCUCGGGCGGCCUCUGUCGGGCCCUGCGCUCCUACGCGCUCUGCACGCGGCGCACCGCCCGCACCUGCCGCGGGGACCUGGCCUUCCACUCGGCGGUGCACGGCAUCGAGGACCUGAUGAUCCAGCACAACUGCUCCCGCCAGGGCCCCACGGCCCCGCCCCCGCCCCGGGGCCCCGCCCUCCCGGGCGCCGGCCCGGGCCCCCCCAGCCCUGACCCCUGUGAUUACGAAGCCCACUUUUCCCGGCUGCACGGACGUUCCCCGGGCUUCUUGCACUGCGCCUCCUUCGGGGACCCCCAUGUGCGCAGCUUCUACCACCAUUUUCACACGUGCCGCGUCCAAGGAGCUUGGCCCCUGCUGGAUAACGAUUUCCUUUUUGUCCAGGCCACCAGCUCCCCAGUGGCAUCGGGGGCCAACGCUACCACCACACGGAAGCUCACCAUCAUAUUUAAGAACAUGCAGGAAUGCAUUGAUCAGAAGGUCUACCAAGCCGAGGUGGACAAUCUUCCUGCAGCCUUUGAAGAUGGUUCCAUCAAUGGAGGUGACCGACCUGGGGGCUCAAGUUUGUCCAUUAAAACCACUAACCCUGGGAAUCAUGUGGAGAUCCAAGCUGCCUAUAUUGGAACAACUAUAGUCAUUCGGCAGACAGCUGGCCAGCUCUCCUUCUCCAUCAAAGUAGCAGAAGAUGUGGCCAGGGCCUUCUCAGCUGAACAGGACCUGCAGCUGUGUGUUGGGGGGUGCCCCCCAAGUCAACAACUGUCUCGCUUGGAGCGCAGUCGUCGGGGAGCUAUCACCCUAGAUACUGCUAGACAGCUGUGCAAGGAAGGGCUUCCAGUUGAAGAUGCUUACUUCCAGUCCUGUGUCUUUGAUGUUUCAAUCUCUGGUGACCCCAACUUUACUGCAGCAGCUCAAGCAGCUCUGGAGGAUGCCCGUGCAUUCCUGCCAGACUUAGAGAAGCUGCACCUCUUCCCCUCAGAUGCAGGGCCUCCUCUCUCCCUGGCAACCUUCCCAGGCCCAUUUCUUUCAGGGCUGUUUGUUCUGUGGUUUUGCAUUCAGUAAGUAGACCAGUAAUCUUCUGGUCAAUUUGGAAAUGACUGGGCACAAAGGUUGGCAUCGAAGAACACAAAGAGCUGCUAAGAAAAUGGUGGCGACUAAGAGACAUGUAAAAAAACGACACAUCCAGUCAGAUGAGCUGGAGUCCAGGGUUGAAAUGAUCACAGAAUAAGGAUUCUGGGUGAGGUUUGUGCAUUCCAGAUCUCUGGAAGGACUCUUCACCAAUUGUCUCAGUCCUAUUUAUUUUGGAGCUGAUUGUUUCAAUCCAUCUAUCCCUGAGAUGGCUCUACAAGCUUGGAGGUUGUAUGGAUGCCUGAUGAUGUGUAAAGAAUUUAAGUACUGAUAUUUUUAAAAGGCAAGAAUUAAAAGAGAAAGACAUGACCAUUACCCAUGAGAAACUCAAAAGAGGAAAAAAUGAUUAGAGAUAAAAGUCUAUUUGAUGAAUAUAUGUGAGGAAAGCAUAUUUGGCUUUCUUGGAUCAGAAAUGAAGAGGGCUCGAGCUGGGGGUUUAGCUCAGCAGCACAAGCGCCUGCCUGGCAAGUGCAAGGUCAUGAGUUUGAUUCCUGGUACCAAAAAAAUAAAAUAAAUAAACCUUUAAAAAAAUGAAGAGGGCAUUGUUUGGGUCUUAGGUGAAGGGAACUAUCUUUCAGAGAAUGAUACAGAUAGGACAGAAGCUAUUAUCCCCACUCCUAACUACUCUGUUAUUAAAGCCAUGAAUUCUCCACACUG